GAAAGAGCUCUAUUUGACGCAGCCGAUGAGUUGAUGGGUGUCGGAUUGAAUGAACUUUUUAUGCAACAGCAGCAGCAGCAACGACAACAACAAUACGCUGCUGCAGCCGCAGCGGCUGCAGCUGCAGCUGCAGCAGCUGCCAAUCAACAAGCCGUUUAUGUAGAUGGAAUUGGACGCAUCGUACAGGGUCCGGCGUCUGGAUCCGCUCAUCUGAUGCAACAACAACAGCAACAGCAUCAGGCUGCCGCGGCUGCGGCUGCAGCAGCUGCAGUCUCGAGUAACGGUCUUCAUCAACAGAACCAACUUCACCUUGGCCGAUCUUUGCGUCAGGGUCGAUCCGUUGUCAUGACUGUGGUCCGGCCCCGCGGUGUUUCUGGACGACCAGUAGCUGAGUUCUUACCUGGGGAAUUGCGCAACAAAGACUACGUUAAGGGUUAUAUGGCUUCAGAGAUAUAUAAGAAGGCGGUCAAAGACACACUUGGUCAGAAGUCCACGCCAAAGAAACGGCCUGGUCCUGGUCGGCCCCGUAAAUCUGACCAGCUAUCUACUGGCAAUAGUGGCGGUCUUUGCACUGCCUCUGCAAUGCGUAACUCAGGUGCUGUAUGGCCGAGUUCUGGAGUUUCUGCAGCCGGCUCCAAUCUGGUGCCUUUGAGUGAACUGAACACGGCUGCGGCCGGUUCCAGUUUGGUUGGCGGAAGCACAGCUGCAACGGCCUCACUCCUGGAGGCAGGCGGCGUUGGGUUGGGGACAAUGCUGUAG